CACUGAAGUAAUAAAAUGGGCAAUGUUGAGGGAACACGAUGGAAAAGAUGUCCCUCUCUAGACGUGUACAGGACGAAACCAUCACAAUCUUUGGUAUUUAAUUUCAAAAAGGGCGUUGCAAUCAACAUCUUUGACUGCAGCGCAUUAAAGAAUAUGUGUCAGCAAAAGUCUUCCAACCUUGAUAUUGAGUCAUUUGAAACCUAUGGUCGCGAGUUUCUCCAGUGGUACACAUCUCAAAAACAUGGCAACUACAUAAUUUCACCGGUUAACUGUCUCUUAAGCAUGGAAAUAAUGACAGCUGAAGCUAAAUGGGGCACCCUAGCUGCAGUAGCCAAGGCAGUGCAACUGCCAACCGAUUGCAAAACGUCCUUCCAAGUCAUGGUCCAUUGUCUUAAGGAGCCCUUUGACAAAAAUGUAUUGGAGUUAAAGAUGGCCACAAAAAGCUAUGUUACCGAUUGUUUUGGUUUGGAGCCAAUUCACCAAAUCCUACUUGAUGGAAGCUUUGAGGCUGAUAUUGAAAAUAUCAACGAUUUCUGCGACAAAGGCGCCAUUCAUAAAAUCAACAAAUGGGCCAAAGCUGCAACGGGAGGCAACGUUUCGAAUUUAAUUGAUGGUUCUGCAGCUACCAGCGCUCAAGGAUGCUCAAUAAUAAACUGCGUGUACUUCAAGGGUCGCUGGGCUGCUGAGUUUGACGCAGCCCUAACAAAAAAUGAGACAUUCUUCUCAGACAGAAGGGAUAAAAGUGUUGCCAUGAUGAAGAAAAUAAAUAAGUACCAACACGCUUAUCUUCAGGAUUUAGCGGCGCAGCUGCUCAUUGUGCCCUUUAAGAUGGACACGUUCUGCAUGAUUUUGGUGCUGCCAGACAAAAAAUUUGGCCUUGGCGAGUUAGAAAAGAAGAUAUUUAACAAAAACCUGAGGGAGCUGGCUGCUGCAGCAGCGUUAAAAGAUGUGUAUGUCCAGAUUCCGAGACUUGAUAUUAAAUAUGAAUCGAUCCAUUUGGAUGAGCAACAGGCAAAGUUGGGUGUUGACAUCAUGUGCAACGAUCAGAUGACUCAUAAUAAAUUAUUUGGUAGCAAAAACAAGCGUGUCACGCAUGUUCCACACAUGAGGCUUAAAACAGCUGAUAGUGAACCACCUGUGCUCUUUCGGUGUGAUCAUCCUUUCUAUUACUUCCUAGCCUACAAAACCGAUUUCUGCUUGUUUGCUGGAAGGAUAACUAACCCUACAAAAGGAAAAUAGUGAAAUAGCUUUUAUUUUCAAACACUUUUCCACCAUAUAGAUUUUUUCUUGUUAA